AUGUCAGAUAUUUUAUUAUUUCGUUCCAAUCAUCCAAACAUUCAAUCAAAGUUUAUUAAUCAACUAGAACGAGAAUUUUCUCAUAUUGUACAAUUAUUAUAUACAACAAAUGUACCAAAUGCUUUACUUGAACGUGAAGUAUUACCUUAUAUAGCUAAAAAUAUUCUUUUUAAAGAUCCUUGUCAAGAAGCAAAUGGUAAAGAACUCUAUCGAGUUGGUAUGAAAGGUUUUCAUAAUCUAUUUCAUUUUACAUUUGAUACAUUACAAUUAAAUAUUAAAUUAAAUGAUGAUGGUAAAACAGGUCGUUGUAUUGUCGAUGGUAUUAUGAAUGUCAAGCAAUUUUCAUGGAUCUAUACAUAUCCAUUACGUUCAAUAUUGAUAUUUGAAUUUCGUUUAUUGAAUAAUCAAAGUAUUGAUGAACCACAAUUUGAAAUAUUUCGACAUGAAGAAAUGUGGUCAUUUUCUGAUAUGAUCGAUGGUAUACCUGGUAUUGGAUGGUUCUAUAAAAAUAUCUUUCGUUGGGGAUUUGGUUAUUUAUUUGUUGGUAUUUCAGCUUUAAGCUGUUUUUUACAUGAUAGUCUCAUACAAUCAACAAAGAAAAAAGAAUAA